AUGCAUGAGAGCUUAGACAAAUCAUUGCCUAAUGAUGAUGAUGAUGCUGCAUACAACUUUGACAUGGAAGACAUAUCAUCACACAAUUCUUCGGAUUCGGAUAUGGAAAAGUUUGACAAGGAAGACUUAUCUGAAUUCUGCGAAUUCGAAUGUGCUGUGGCAAAUCCAAUUGUUCUGGUCAAAACUGGACAUGGCCCCAAUAUAGCCAGAAAUAUUAUAAUCAAUGCUGCUGAAUUAGCCAGCUACGAUCAAGUGAAGCAGACUAUUUUGAAAAUUCCGGGAUUCACUGACAAUGUUGUUACUCAUCUCCUUGCUAGUCUUUGGGGCAGGGUUAAAUCGAGAAUGCUGGGAGAUUCUAGUUACAAAAGCACUCUUGCUUGUUUUAUCAAAACAUUAAAGAAUGAUGGACCCUUUGCCUUUUAUAAAGGGUUCCUCCCAAACUUUGGAAGGCUGGGAUCUUGGAACGUGAUCGUGUUUCAAACCUUAGAACAGACUAAAAAGUUCGUCAAAAGUUUAGAGUCGUCCUGA